AGAACCGAAGAAGACCCCUCGUUCCAGCAUGCCCCCAACUUGAGCGGUCCGCCCCCGACAGCGGUCCGGGGGUGAAUAGGAUAGGCAAUGCGCUGCCAAAGGAGGACAAGGUAGAUACUAGUAGUGCAUAGACUGGACAAACCCAGCUCUAGUUGAGGCAUGGAAGAGAUUUAAGGAACAUGCAGAACUCAUGUUCUCCGGUCCGUUAAAAGACAAGGACGAAGUAGUCAAGGUCUCGUUCUUGAAGAUCUGGAUCAAUGAGUCCGGCAGAGACAUAUUGAACACGUUUGCGUUUGGGGACAACGACGACCAGAAAAAACUGAAAACGUACUACGACAAAUUUGCAACGUAUGUCAAGCCAAAGUCAAACCAGGUGCUGGCAAGAUACAAAUUCCACAACAGAACCCAAGGCGCGAAUGAGCCAGUGGAACAGUUUAUUAGAGCAUUAAUCAAUCUAGCGAAAGAUUGUAAUUUCAAGGAUACCAACGAAAUGGUAUUGGACCGAUUAGUGUUCGGGACCAACUCAAACGAAGUUAGAAAGAAGCUGAUCGGCAAAGGGUCUGAACUAAAGUUGGAUGAGGCCAUACGGGUGGCCAGGACCUAUGAGUCCGACCAAUCAACUUUGAAAUCGAUCGCCCAACCAGUUCCCAGCAACGACGUGCAUGGAGUUCAGACUCAACACAGGACACCCUACGUCCCGCCCAGACCUUUCAGAAAAACUAGAGCAACGGGGAGUGGCGGGAGAGGAAAGCCCAAGUACACGGGGCCAACCAACACAUGUGGAAGAUGUGGCAAAGGCCACAACACAGCAGACAAGUGUCCUGCAAACGGAAAAGAAUGCAGAAAGUGCGGAAAAAAGAACCACUUCGCUGCUGUGUGCCGAGCGAAGAGUGUGAACGAAGUUAGGUCUCCAGAGGAAGAAUUCCAAGACUUCCACAUAGAGACGGUGUACAAGAAAAAAGUCGAGGGAGACCAGGCUUUCGUCGACCUACACAUCGCCGGAGCCAAUUACUGUUGCACAAAGUAGAAAGCAAGAUGAAUGAUACAUGAAACAUGCCAAAAAGGCAGACUGUUCAGGCAGGAGGGACAACAUUAUCUUGAGGGACUGUAGUAUAUUUCUUUAAUGGAUAUGUACUAAUAUUUUUUUGUCUUCCUUAUCAGUAAAAGGAUGGACACGCCGGAACAGUUCGGGGUAUGCAGAAUAAGAGGACAGAUCUGGCAAAGGAGUUGAUCAAGGAAGCAGAUGAGGCUACAGGCCUGGAGGAGUGUAGAGUUGAGGUCAAAGCCGACAAGAAGAAAAAUCGUGAAUAGUACAACAUUAUGAAGACCGGUACCUGACUGUGACUUGUUCACUUCUCCUUCUUCUGUAGACUGAAAUUAUAGUAAUAACAACAAGAUGUAUGUAGCAUGGGUAAUUUAUUACAUUUGAUAACCUUGUGCAGCUGCACAACACGAGUUAUAGUUCAUCCAAAUAGCAAUACAGAAAGAGAAUGAUGAUUAUUGUGUGAAGUUUAAGUAAGUAAUGUGUUGCGCUUUUAGCACCAAUGGCGUAUAGUAGUACUGAGAUUUAUAAUACUCCAAAUUCACUUCAAAGCAAAAUCUGAUCUGGAGUCCUUCCAAAACCACAUUCUAAUGUAUGUCUCCAAAAGGUAUGCAUUCCGCCCAUUGUCUAUGAAGCCCGGUGCAAGUUGGCAGCCCUAGACUACAAUAAACACAAAAACUGGUCAUCAGUAUUCCGUACGUUUGAGUGUAAACAAAAUUUUAUUUACUUAGUAUUUAAUUUUUUACUUAACAUCUCUGGUGAUAUUGGAAUGGCUCUCCGUAUAUUUACAGCUGCUGAACAUGACAACUAAUUUCUUUUUAUAACUACUUUUAGACGACAUUGGGGGAAAAGGCAGGGUUCCCAUAUGAGAGAUUGAAGAAGAGGGAGGGGUUGCUGUUGAGGGAGUACUAUUAUAUAAGCUCAAAAAACCCUGUCGUCAAAGGUGAGUA